CUGGCUGGAUUGGGUCCAGUAAACGGUCUCUAUGUGUCCUUCUUCCCGGUGCUGAUUUACACGCUGAUGGGCACCUCACCGCACAUAUCCAUUGGCACCUUCGCCAUUGCCAGCAUCAUGCUGAACAACAUCGCCACCAAGCUGAAUGCCGUCAAUGCGCCUCGUCUCAGUGCAGACGUUAUCUUUGAUAUUGCGAAGAAUGGGUCAACAGCUGCGACAACAGCUUCAUCCCUCUUUGCUUCUGUUCUCAUCCCCGAUCCUAAUCAGACGACGACGACGGCAUCGCCACUAAAUCUGCUGGACGAUGUCCCGCGCACCAUUGAAGUGCUGACCACUGUGUGUCUACUGUGCGGCUUCAUUCAACUGGCUAUGGGCUUCCUUCGACUCGGUUCACUGUCGCUGAUUCUCUCGGAGCACCUCGUGUCGGCUUUCUCCACGGCAAUUGCCUUUCACGUGGCCACCUCGCAGUUUGGCUACAUCUUCGGCUUUGAAGGGCUGCCUCGAGCGCCCAGUGGUCCACUGAAGCUAAUCAAGUCUUGGAUGAUCAUGUUUGAGCACAUCAAGAGCGCCAACGUCAACAGUCUCAUCUUCUCGGCCAUUCUCAUCUCCAUUCUACUUCUUUUUAAGGAGGUCAUCGAGCCGCGGUUGAAGAAACGUCACUCCAUUCCCGUGCCUAUUGAUCUCCUUCUGGUGAUCUUCUCCAUCCUCAUGUCAUGGCUAUUCAAAUUCAACCGAAACUUUUCCAUUCAAGUGGUGAAAAGUGUGCCUACUGGUCUCCCGAAGCCAUCAGUGCCCCGCUUUGACCUGAUGCCCUCCGUUUUUGUCGACUCUGUCGUCCUCUCCAUUGUUUGCUUUGCUGUGUCCCUUUCGCUGGCAAAGAUCUUUGCAAAGAAACACGGCUACCGGGUUCAAGCAAACCAGGAGCUGAUUGCCCUCGGUUCGGCCAAUGUCUUUGCCUCCUUCUUUCUCGCCUAUCCCUGUUCUGCGGCCCUUUCCCGGUCAACAUUGCAGGAGAAGGUCGGCGGAAAGACGCAGAUCGCCGGUCUGGUUUCCUGUGCAAUCAUCCUCACAGUGUUGCUCUUACUGGCGCCCUUUCUCUACCACCUGCCCAAGUGUACCCUAUCUUGCAUUAUUCUGGUGGCGCUAAAGGGAAUGUUUCUGCAGAUUAGCGACUUUCCGGUUUUCUGGCGGAUCUCCAAGCUCGACGGGAUCGCCUGGCUGGUCACCUUUAGCUCUGUGCUAAUACUUGAUAUCGACCUUGGUUUAAUUGCCGGCAUUACCAUAGCCAUCCUCACGCUGCUCAUUCGCCUGGCAAUCCCAAAAAUGCACUGGCUGGGACAACUGGCCACCACGGAGAUCUACGCUGAGACUGAAGCUUAUCGGGCGCUAGACAACUAUCCAGGAAUAAAAAUUGUUCGUUUUGGGUCGCCUUUGUUCUACCUCAAUGUGGAGGUAUUUAAGGACAAAAUACUGGCGGCCUUUCCACGGCUGGACAAUGAACAGCAACAGCAGAAGCAUCAACCGUAA